CCCUCGACAAGGUCGUCAGUUGGCAGGUAGAUCUCGUUCCAAUCGAGAAUGUUUGGCAAAAUUCGCCUCACGCUUUGCGUGGUUCUGCUUUUGUGGAGUUCAAUGGCUCAAUCGGCUACAGAUAGCUAUGACGUUGUCAUUCAGAAAUUGGAUAACAUACUGUAUCGGGUUUUGAUGGGCGAAAUCAACAUCAAAGAACGUCUUGAGGAAACGGAAGGGCAGCUCAAGAAGACCCUCGAGCAGCUGGAAACGCUUAUGGAAUAUCAAAAUGGUCUGGUACAAGGCGAUGAUCAGCUUUUGGCCAAGAUGGAGGAACAACAUGAGAAGCUCAUGCAGAACCAGGAAAGUAUCCGCGAGGAGUUCAAAGCGAUGUUAGCCGAUGUUGAAGGAGAUGUAACCAAACAACUGAACGUGUUGAUCAGUGAUGUUGCUGAAGAUCAUGCAGCAAUAGCAUCUAGGUUGAAUGAAGCGGAGCAAGUUGUUAGUGAGAAAUUUGUGACGGCUAUGGCAAACAUAGGUCACCAUUUCGAUAGAACGGAAGAGAAGUUAGGAGAAAUUGUGCAGAAUCAGGAAACUAAUAGAUUGGAGCUGAUGUUGAAACUAUCCAAUGUUCAGCAAGACAUGAGUCAUAACUUCAACACAAUGAUAACCGGUAUGAACGAAGGCUUUGUGAAUACUGACAAGCGAUUCGAUGUUCUUACGCAACAACAAGCUGAUCUUGCUACAGGCCAUGAAGUACUUGCCUCUACAAUGGCUAAAAUGGAACAGAAUGUUAGUGAACAGUUCGCCAUGACACUGGCUAACAUGACUGAUUCUUUUGAUAAAACCAAUUGGCUGAUUGAAUAUCUCGCAGAAGAUCUAGAGAAGAGCAGUGCAGAACUGUCUUCUAAAUUGACCGUAGUGCAACAAGAUAUCAAUCGAAACUUCAACCAGAUGACGAUUGACAUGAAUGAGGGCUUCGAACAUACAGACAAGCGAUUCGAUGUUCUUGCGCAAAAUCAAGCUGAUCUUGCUACAGGCCAUGAUUCACUCGCAUAUAGGCUGUUAAAAUUGCAGAACAAUGUCAGUGAGCAAUUCGCGAUGACACUGACGAACAUAACUGAGUCUUUUGAUAAAACAAACGAGCAAAUUGGAGAUCUCGCCAAGAACCAGGAAAACAGUCGCGUAGAGCUAUCAUCCAAAUUGACCAGCUUGAAGCAAGACAUGACUCAAAACUUCAACGUACUGGUGUCCAAAGUAAACGAUGGCUUCGACAAAGCGAAUGUGAGAUUUGAUCGUCUGACUCAAAAGCAGGACGACCUUGCAGCAAGCCAGAGCUCAUUCGCCUCAACACUCACCAAAAUGGAAUCUAACAUGAACGACAAGUUUGUCAAAACCAUGACGAACAUCAACGAUCGUUCCGACAAACUGGAAGCUCAACACAAAACGACCAAAGAUCAGUUGGACCGUCUCCUGCAGAAUCUGGAGAACCAUCGCAAUGAAUUCUCGUCGACACUGAGCAGAAUAGAGCAGAGCACAAACCAGAACUUGGUUGUUCUGAUAAACCAAUCGCAGCAAAUUCUGCAGCAGCAAGUAAGCUGUUCCAAGCCGGAAGAACCUGCGGUUGUAACAUCGUGCAAGAAUACACCGAGCAAGACGAACGGUCAGUAUCAACUGAAACCCUUCGGUACCGAUGAAGUCAUGGUGGGAUACUGUGAACAGGAAAAGUUCGGCGGAGGUUGGCUUGUGGUUCAGCAUCGAUUCGAUGGUUCUGUGGAUUUCCAACGCACCUGGAGCGAGUACAAAAACGGAUUUGGAUCACUCGGAGGCGAAUUCUGGCUUGGUUUGGAGAAGCUGCAUCGACUUACCAGCAAUAGAAACGUUGAACUGAUUGUAGAGCUGAAGGACUACAACAACAACUAUGUCUAUGCGCGGUACGAUGGAUUUGAAAUUGGAAGUGAACCGCAGAAAUAUUCACUGGACAGAUUGGGAACGUACAGCGGAACUGCUGGCGAUUCCAUGAUAUACAACCGGGGCAAAAAGUUCACCACCAAAGAUAGCGACAAUGAUGGAGCCGUAAAUCUGAAUUGCGCUGUUAGCAGGGCGGGAGCUUGGUGGUUCGAUUGGUGUGGAAAUGCUGAUCUCAACGGAAUUUUCGGUGUUAGAGGUGAAUGGCGAUCUAUUUAUUGGUAUGGCUACAACCAAUAUGACGGAAUGAAGUAUACCAGGAUGUUGAUCCGAGAAGUGUAAACUACUUAGAGUCAAUUGGAGACAUAGUAAAAGCUGAAUAGAAUUAAAAAAAAUAUUUA